CUAAUUUUAGCGCACACUUUUCGUCGGGCAAUUGAAUAAGUUGGAGCACUUUUCGCCUACAAGGAACAAUGAAGAUUGAGUAUCUACUAACGGUAGCAUCGAUUUGCCUUCAAUUUAGAACGGGCUUUGGACUAUCGAACUACACCUUCCCCUCUGGUUUUAAAUUUGGAGCAGCUACGGCAGCCUACCCGGUCGAAGGUGCUUGGAAUGUAGAUGGAAAAGGGCCCAGCUUAUGGGACAAUAUCACUCACGCUUUCCCAAGUGUCAUUGCGGAUGGAAAGGUUGGGGAUGUCGCAAUCGACGCUUACCACAGAUACACUGAAGAUAUCCCAUUGUUUGCGGAUAUUGGGCUAAAUUUCUACAAGUUUAGCAUUUCGUGGCCAAGGAUUCUUCCCAAAGGGACAAUCGACAGCAUCAAUCAGAAAGGAAUAGACUAUUAUAAUAAUCUGAUUAACCUGAUCAUAAGCAAAGGCUUGGAACCACAAGCGGUGGCAUUCAACUUUGAUAUACCGUGGGAACUGGAAAAAGUGGGUGGAUUUACCAACGCUUCGACCGUCCAACAUUUCGUUAACUAUACCGAUUUGCUCUUUAAAACUUUCGGAGACCGUGUGAAAUUCUGGAUUACUGUAAAUGAGGGUCAUGCAUUUUGUAAACUCAUAGUGGACGACAUUCUAGCCCGAGUUAUUACACAAAAUCUUGGCUUCAAGGAAUACCAAUGCGCACACAAUGUAAUUAAGGCUCACGCCGCGGCGUAUCGCAAUUACGAGAAAAACUACAAGCCUACGCAAAAAGGUAAGGUUGGUAUGUCGUACAGUAUAUAUUGGUACCUACCAGCAACCAAUACUCAAGCUGACCAAAACGCCGCUGAUCGAGCUAGAGCAUUUGUGUUUGAGUGGUUCGCACAUCCGAUAAUCAAAGGAAACUACCCCCAAAUACUGAUCGACCAAGUUGGUAAUUUAAGUAAACAAGAAGGAAGAAAUGCGUCACGAUUGCCCCAGUUUACUGCCGCGGAAAUCUCGAAUAUUAAAGGAACUUACGAUUUUGUUGGGGUUAACGCCUUCAGGACAUUUUUCGCAACUGAUCGCAGCGGCCAAAACUUAUCUGCCAGUCUUCAGAAUGAUAUCAGAGUCACCGAAACUACCAAUUCCUCCCUCGAUACGUCUUCAGUUUAUAUUUCUUCACCAAAGACAUUUAAAGAUUCUAUAGUUUACGCCAGCAACUACUGUAACGGUUGCGAAAUUAUCCUAACGGAGCAUGGAUUUAAUACUCGAAAUGAGACCCUAAACGAUACAGCCCGUAUGACAUUUAUGCAGAAUUACAUGGACGAGGUGCUGAUCGCAAUUAAUGAAGAUAAGGUCAAUAUCACCGCCUAUACUAUGUGGUCUGCCAUAGAUUUCUUUUAUUUCAAUUUCGGUGAAACAGCAAAACUUGGACUAAUUCAUGUGGACUUUACGUCAAGCAAUCUCACAAGAACACCUAAACGGUCAUCACAGUACUAUAAGAAUAUCAUACAGACAAGAAGUUUAACGAAAUUUAACUUUUAAUGGCAAAGAGACAACAACAUCCCAAUUGCCACAGAGACAUUUUUGCCUACUUACUGUUUAAAAUUCAAAAUUUUGGACAUUUGAGGUUGACAGGUUCUGUAAAUAAUAUUUAUAUUUUAUAAAUAAGUCUAUCAAGCAAAUCAAAAUAAAAC